UGUUGUAAAAUAAAUUUAGAGGCGAAUUUAAAGGGUUGAAUAUCAUUUCAGUCGAUACGAAGAUCGAUAAUAACGUUACUUUUUCGAUUUCGCUUUACCCGCCGGAUAGUAAUCGGGAUCGAUCGGUUAGAAUCGGAAAAGAUCGAGAGGUACGGACAACGUGCGUGCGUGCGUGCGUGCGUGCGUGCGUGCGUGGUACGUGCGUGCGCGCGCGCGCGCUCGCGCGCUCUCUCAUCAGGAAAGAAAGACGGAGAACACUCCUCCCGAGCAGUCUCUCGCGACGGUGUCAAGGUAACAGCCGGCGGAAACAGGUGGUGAGCUAUAAGCCGGUCUCGCGUCGCUUCCUCGUCGUUCACCUCGUCGUUAUCGUCGCGUUAUCGUGCUCCGAAAGGAGGAGGGUCCCUUCCUCCGGAGAGGAGGACGUUCGCAAGGUCGCUCAAGUCGAUCGAUCGAUCGAUCGUCCGAGCGUUUAUCGAGAUAGAUACGGCGAUUACGCCGUAGGAGCAAUCGAACGAGAUGAGACCCGACGAGGUGAUACAGACAGAGCGGAGGGCGGCAGAGACUAUGUCGGAGACGUCGGAGGGUACCGCGACGAGUAGCAUCUCCGGCAAGUCCGGUUUCGAAAGUCGCGAAGAACUUCGAGAUCUUGCGGCCGUCCUCGGGAUCGCUAAUCCAGAGGAUCUACAUCAGGAUCGUUUCCGCGUUGAUCGACGAAAAUUAGAACAAAUGUUACAGGGUGACAAUGAUAUGCCAAAAGCAGCGGAUACGUUUUUUCACAGUGUUAUGGAAGAAACGAAUACCUUUGUAAUGUGGCCGUCGCGUUUGAAGAUCGGUGCAAAAUCGAAAAAAGAUCCACACAUAAAGGUCGCAGGUCGUCCAGAUGACGUGCGAACAGCUAAGGAGAAGAUAAUGGAGAUUCUAGACACUAGGCAAAACAAUAUAGUGACCAUGAAAAUGGAUGUCAGUUAUACCGACCAUUCACACAUUAUCGGAAAGGGCGGACUGACGAUUAAACGAGUGAUGGAGGAAACUGGAUGCCACAUUCAUUUCCCAGAUAGUAACCGCAGUAAUCAUCAAGAGAAGAGCAAUCAAGUUUCCAUUGCUGGAGAAAUCGAUGGCAUUGAGCGUGCCCGUGCACGAGUUAGGAAUCUUACACCGUUGAUAUUCUCCUUUGAAUUGCCAAUAAUGGGAGCAUCACAACGUACUCCGGACGCCACUUCGCCUUAUGUUGUAAAGAUUCAAGAGAAAUACAACGUUCAGGUGAUGCUACGUACCAGACCGAAAUUGCACGCCACGUUGGUUCUCGUCAAGGGUUGCGAGUGGGAAGUUUCGCAAGUAAAGGAGGCGACCGUACUCUUGAUUCACUAUAUGUGCGAAAACUUAGCUAGUCAAAUUCAAGUACAAAUGUCGAUGGAGAUAUCGCCGCAUCAUCACAGUAUUGUUCUUGGUAAAUCAAGUAGCAAUCUUAAGAUGAUAAUGCAGAGAACAUCGACACAAAUCAUGUUUCCCGAUGCUAGCGAUCCGAAUAUCCCUAGUUUGAAAAAAAGCAAUGUUACUAUCAUCGGUGGUAUUCACAAUGUUUACUUAGCCCGGCAACAAUUGGUCGGAUCUCUUCCGCUGGUACUCAUGUUCGAUGUCCCGAAGGAUUACAUGUCGUCGAUCGAUACAGAAACAAUUUCACAAUUGAUGCAAUCCCUCGACGUGUUCAUAAACGUGAGGCACAAGCCAAAGCAAAGUACAUUUUCCGUGAUUAUCAAGGGAAUCGAAAGAAAUGCCAGCAACAUUUACGAAGCCAGAAAGCAACUUCUUGGCUUGGAGGAGCCAAGAGUUAAUGCUGAAAUACCGACCACUUAUCACAUUCCAAAUGCUGGCAAUAUUUUUCAAGGAAACGCCACGAAUGGUAACGGUACGAAUACUAUGAGUUGUGGUAUACCGGAUAGUUUGUCGAACAUGUUGACCGUGAACACACAGAAUUUACCUUGCUGUGUUUCUCCUAUGUCACAUUCACCCAAUCCAAUGGGUCUCUCGCCACAUUGGAGUUUACCACCGAUUCCGUCCAUGUUUUCAUCGUUACCGAUUCAUCAUCCAUAUCCUUACGGGCACUUAAAUCACCUGCUAACGACGCAGCACAUGAUGCACAGCAACAUGAUGGCCCAUUCUCACGGACUGUCGAAUCAUAUCUUGAAUGAUAUUGGACAAAUUCAUCCUACUUUAUCGACAGGCUUGCAUGGAAUUCAUGGAAUGGCAAACAGCCUGUCAGAUAGCAAGGAAGGCAGUGCUUACUCCUCAUUGAGCAGCGUUUCAAGCUCUUUGUCUAGUCCAGCUAUUAGCCCUAGAAAUUUAUCACCAGUGAAUCCAACAGUGACUAAUCCUAAUUUAGACUUGUCGAGUAUGCUGUCAGAUCUUUCGGUGUCCGAUCGUCGAGCACCAGGUUGUGAAAAGAAAUCAUUGGAGAUGGCCGCCCAACAGAAUCUUACGCCUUCCGAUUACGAGCAGAAGAAGAUGAUGGCCGUUCUAGCUGUACAAAAUAAACCAAACACUUCGGAGUAUCGAGCACCAACGUCGACUUGGUCAGGUUAUGGUCUGAGUCAGACUAUUGCUCCGUUAUCAUCGACUGAACUAAAUAAGGAGUUGUCUUCGUCUGAUCCAUUCUACUUAUGGGAAGAACCAAUGACACCUGUGUUAAAUACAUGCAUGGACUUUGGUAUCGGCUCGAAUAAAGAUCGAAUCGGUCAAAUCGGUUCGACUUCGAAUUACAUGGAUCACACACCGACCUCGCAUUUAAAAAAGAUCACAUCUCAACGAUAUACCGAUCUUGCUAGUAUGUUAACAAGCGUUGGCCUUGAGAAAUAUAAUCGCCUGUUCACGUCGCACGAAGUGGACAUGGCUACGUUUCCAUCACUGACGGAGAAGGACCUCUGCGAGAUCGGAAUAAGUGCUUGGGGUGCGAGACGUAAAAUAAUGCUAUUGAUCUCGGAAAUGAACAAACGAAGUAAUCCAUUUAGCGGUAGCGCUGCACCAGGUGCGGAACGAAAAGCAACCGCAUCGACAGCGGCAUCCACUUCGCUCGAGAAAUGCACGCUCGAUACCAAAUGGUAAAGGAAGAUGCACGUGAAGUAUAUUAAAAAAUAAAAGAAAAAAAACUAUAUAACACAGGUAACACAAGUAACGCGGACGUCAUACGUAAACGAUAAUAUCGUAUGCGUUAAGAAAACGACCCGGAACUAUGAGACAGGGUAAAAAUCAAAUGAGAAAGAAAAAAAAGAAAAACAGAAAAAUAAUAUUCCAAAUUCGAACAUACAAAAAAAAAAAAAAAGAAUAGAUACGAGGGAGAAUUAAAUUUGGACGGACAUGAUUCGUCGUUAUUUGAAGUAUAACGAUGGGGAUCAAAUUCGAUCAUAUAGGAUCCUCCUAGUUGGUAAAAUAAUAUAAUUUCAAGAAGACGAAUCUAUCCGACUCGGCGGAGAAUAGUACUCUGACCGAAAGUUACGAA